AUGAGCUGUGUUACUGUCAACACGGCACCAGCCAUUCGAGUGGAGAUCUUUCAAGCUUCCAAUCGACCUGCCACGGCCUCCCGCCAAAAUAUGGAUCCAAUGGCGGUGCUCCAAGUCCCAUUCCAAGAAUCCAUGACACUUCUGAGUCUCUUGCAGGAAACCCGUCGAGGACUGUGUCAAAGUGAGCGGAAUAUUUUUGUGGACAACGAGUUUUCCGUCCCCGUCACGGUCGACAGCAUCCUUGCCGUGGACUCUAUGGAAGAAGAGCAAGGCAAACGUGGCAUUCGAGAUGGCGACACCGUAGUCUUGGUACCGUCCUGUCGUCAAGGUGGUUUCCAUCUGGCUUGUCUGCCAGAAAACGUGGAAGAGAAGAGCGAGAAAAUAUUUGACAAGCUGUCCUCGCAAUUGGGAUCUUACCAUUUGCGAACUGGCGUGACACUCCAUUCCAAGCCGGCAAUUUCCGCUAUUCAAAUAGAACAUCGUGGCACUGAAUACACAUUUUUCCUUCCCGGAAAUGGUGAACGCAAGCAGGUAGAAGACUUGGAAAACCACGUCACCCUUCCCGACUUUAAAAUAAGGACUUUCCUGUAUAAGGUUCAGGAAGCAGUUCCUCUGGUGAAAAAGGAAACAGUAAUAAUUCGUCUCAACUCUCCCAACUCGACCAUCCGCUCUCCCGCUUUUUUGGACUUUGGCAACCUCAAAAGUAAAGAUGCUUCUCUCCACGAUUUGAAUCUUCCAGGUCCACUCUUGAAGGGCCAAGUAGAGAUGAAGAAGACCUUGCAAAUCUUUGUGACGAAUUUUAAAGGGGGGAUCGGCACCUACAGAGUCAAUCACACUGACAGCAUAGAUGUCCUCAAAAAAAGAGUCUACGAGAAGGAAAAGAUUCCACCCGACCAGCAACGUUUAAUAUUUGCGGGCAAGCAACUUGAGGAUGGGCGGCUCUUGUGCGAGUACAACAUUCAAGAUGAAUGUACUAUUCACCUUACAGUGCGACUUCGAGGCGGCAUGUAUGAUGUCUCCUCGGGUCGUGUGGACAAUGAAACCUUGCAAGAACAGCCACAAAGCAAGAAGCCUUCCGUGGAGACCAAAUUGCUCUUGCCAGAUGGCAGCUUGGAACGCAUCCGAGUUGACCCUCGGUGCACUACCGCCAAGCUCACGUCUUUGCUUGCCCGUAAGUUUGGGGCUCUUUUCUGUGACAAGGCCAAUCCCGUCAUGGACGUGGAAGAUGGCAACAACGGCAAAUAUUUCGGAACUGGCGGAGACAAGUCCAACAAGUCAUUGCUUGCUUUGAAACAGAAAGCAUCUGGAAAGGGAAUCAUCCAAAAGGAAAAUGCUGUGGAGCGGCUCCAAUCUCGGCUUGAUGAGGGGCUUAUGAUUCGUCCCCGAAAAAAGGUCAAGCGGGAACCGUUCAUGUAA